AUGUCUAUCGAUAGCUUCCUUACCAUGUCUCAGCCAACUAUGGCCUUUUCAGGUCCGCGGCCAAACCGACCUCCAUUGCCAGCCGAUUGGGCUCAGUUUCGGGAUGUGAUUGUUGACCUUUAUAUGCGUGAAGACAAGACCUUGCCACAAGUUCGACGUUACAUGGCAUUAACUUACAGUUUCAUCGCUACUGAAAAGAUGUUUAAGGACAGGCUGACCAAAUGGGAGGUCUACAAAAACUACAGCGAGGAAGACGUCAGGCGACUGUUUCAACGAAUCGCCGACGGUGAAGCUACACUGGAGAAUGCCACCAUUCAUGGUCUUCCGGUCAAGUGGCCACGAGUUCGACGUCGUAUUUAUGAGGGAAUGCCUGGGUUACAAUUCAAUCUUAACGAUGGGUCAUGGCUUACCAUCAUAGAGCACGCCCAAAAUCUCUCCAGGAGACAGUCACAGCAACGUUCCAAUGUUGUCAGGAGGCCUCGACAAACUGGAGCGGCACAGAGCAUGCCUCGCAUUCUCUAUACCAGCUCGCAGCUGGAAGCGGGCCGCCGGUUAUUGGUGGAGAUGAAGACAUAUCUCGAUGGACGUCUCUUCGAACCCAUCCGAGUGGAGUAUCGUGGGUACAUCAAUUCAUGGCUCCCGGUGGGCUAUCUGGUGGAUGACGACUUGGAUGCUCCUGUCGACGUUAUGCACCCUGCUGAACUCAAUCAGAAUUUGUCCCGGGGUAUCCGACUUCUUUUAGAUGCACGAGUUGAACCUGGCCGUGCCUUGAUACUUCGAGCAUCCGACGUACUCGAUGAGUUGUUUCAACAUCAACACGGUGCUCUAACCUGCUGUUUGUUGGACGCAUUUACGGGAAGUACCACCCGAUCAUAUCCGUUGACCAAGGGUCGUGUGGGAGAAACCACUAUUGAAGUGGCCACUCGCAUUCUGGGACACUGUCACCCUGUGACGCUCUUAUGCAAAUAUCUCCAUCAGAGCACCAACUCGGAAGCCAAUAGGAGGCUGGUUUUUUAUUUCUGGGGACACUAUUGCAAGCUAUACUCUAACAGCAUGGGUCUGGAACAUCCGAUGGCGAUUUACAUUAACCAGAUAUAUCUCGAGAAGUUGCUUGAUGGCGAGCGCUUCGAAGAUGCUUCUCAACACAUGCGGACCGCAUUGGAUCCAAUUUUCACCGGGCUGUUCUUACGACAGCCACGCAUCGAUAUCAAUGUACCGGCUUCCCUAUGCUAUCUCCGACGUCGAGCUCGAUUGCACCGUUGCUCUGGUCACUCAGACCGAGCAUUGCAAACCUUGAAGAUCUCCAAACGGGUUAUGAUUGACGCCAUGCAAAAAAUGCAGGCCGGCGUGGCUGGCAAUCCGAUUCUCGAGGAAGUCUUUCGUACCUUUGACGAAAUUGCGAUAUACUAUGACUCCCUCAGGACUGUCAAUAGUCGGGCUCGUGCUCUAGAGGUCCACGCGUUUGCUCUGCAGGUGUGCAUUUUCGUCCGAGGUGAGACUGAUGGCAAGACGUACAGUAUGGUCUCAUCCUUGGAACGACGGUAUUCGGACAUUGGUGAUCCUGUACGUGCCAAUGCUUUGAGAUUGAGAUUCCCAGAAGUGUUCUGGGAAGGAGAAGGAGCAGUCGACAUUGUGCGCAGUACAAGACAUUUGUUGCCAUGUUCGUUUUGCGGAAAUGGAUCAGAUACACAGAUAUUUUGUGAUCGGCACAAUACCUCGAAUGUGGUCACAGAGAUCGAGGGGAAGCAGAUGGUGGUCAUUUUGGAUCAGAUUCGAGCCUUAUUCAUGGAGAAUGACCAAGGACGUUUGUAA